GCUUGAAAUGUCAGUCUUCUCGAUUUAUUCAAAGCAUCAUUCAGAUUUGAGAUCGUCGAUUGAUAUUACGCGCUUUGCUUUUAUUGCAAAAUUGUAAUUUAAUUUAUUUGUGUAAUACAUACCUCGAAAAGUGAAUAGUUUGCUUGUGGUUUAUUACGAAGAUCUUUCUAAAACUCUGGUGAUAGUGUCAAAGUAAAUGAAUGGUACUAAUUUGGAAUGGAAUCUAACACAAAUACUUUCAAGAAGGUUUUGAAAAACUCCAUUGAGAGAAACUUAUUGGAAAUGCAGCCUUUACAUAACGUGAAUUAUAUUAAGCAGUUUUGUGAUAUUACUAAUAUUCGGAUAGUCAUAAAUCUCGACAGGGCUGCUGUCAAUGGAAUAAUUUUCUAUUUGUCAAGCCCCGAAUACGCAUACUUAAUAGUUGUUUGUGUUUUUUAUUUUUAAUUCAUCUUAUUUUCGUUACCUAUAAGUGGUAAUGUGCUGUACCGUGAUUGAUGUUAAGUUUUCCUGUGAGAUGAAACUAGAUGCAUAAAAAAAUGGACCAAUAGUGAAAGAAUAUUUAAAAAUUGAAAGUGUAUCGAAUCAUCAAUAUAAGUGAAGAGUUGUGUAAUGACAGAGAAAGUGAUUACUUAAACGGGCUUCUAUUGAGUAAUGUGACGGCUAUCGUUUUCGCGGCACGCAACGUGAAUAUCUAAGGAAGCGGAAGUGUCCAACAUCAGUUCUGCCGCGUCGAUACACCGAAUCAUGUGUUCUAUGUACGUAUGAAGCAAGUGAAGUAUGUCGUUUGUUCGAAACAGUGAGAAGAUACAUAAGAAGAGAGGAAAGAAAUCCACUGGACUAUAAAUAUAAUGGCAUUAUUCAAUAAAUUGUUUUCAACUACCAAAAAGCGCAGCACUAAUUCAUCAGCCCAGAAAUCCACUCCUGGAGAAUCGGCAUUCACCGCAGACCAGGUCCGCGUGAUUCUAUUUCGCGAAUGUGACAUCCGAGGACGUAAGCUUUUGUUUGAUUCUGGUGCAAUCGAAAAAAUGACCGAUGCUUCUCCUGAAACAGAAUCGAUCACUGCAGCGAUAUCCACUUCCUCGACACAAAACCACAGAAUUAUUCCGCAGUGCGGGAAGUGUGAUCAUUGCAAAUUACUGUUUCAGCAUCAUACCAAUCCAAAGAAUGACAUAAAGUCGUUGGCCGAAAUGAUCUUCGGAUCUGCACCGAUUGCGUUCCAGGGCAGUAGUUUGAAGGUACAUUGGUUGCAAAGUCCUAAGACUAUUAUGUACUCCCACGUAUUUCCUAUGCCGGUACGACACGCAACUAACAGUAGCAGUAAUAGUAGUAAAAAAAUGUCGAAUUCCACAUAUUUAGGCUCUGAAUUGCCUGGUAAUGGACAAAGUGGGUUCUACUAUGAAAAACAUCCAUCAGGUAGUGACCUUAGCUCGAUUGAUACAACCUCGUUACGUUCGUUUACCGUCACUUCCUCUACUUCGACUCAAUACGAUAUCUCGAACAAUCACAGGCAGCGACCACCGCUACCAAUUGAGUUCGCGCAUUUCGACCGUCUUGCUGAUCCGAGACAUUCAACCAACAGCGGUUUGGAUUCGGGUUAUGGUGGAACAGAUCCUUGGACAUUUUCAUCAAAUCAGUCGCGUCAUCCGUUGUCUUCGCAUCGGAGUAGUUUAGCAUCGAUUUGUAGUGACUACGAAUGUUUCCGAAGGUUGAGUGUAGAUACCAAUAUUGAUAUUCCGCAACCUCUGAAUUGUACUAGUUUGGACAACUGUAGUCAGUUCGGCAGUUUUCAUCGACGUGUAUCAAAAAAUCUUUCCACCUCAUUUGAAAACCGUCUCACCUUAGCAGAUCAUGUUGGUCACGUUGACGAGCUCAAUCCGAAUCUUUCGGUAAACACCAACAGUCAAGUGACAGCAAGUGAUGGUUGUGUCGGUAACAGAAACCGGCGGAAUAGUGAAACAAUGGAACUGACUCGGCGAAAAGCUUUUAGUGGAGACGUUCUUUCUACCUCAACCAAUUACCACGGAAGACCAUUUAGUAAAAAGGCACGUCUUGGAAUUGCAUUGUGCGUUCAACUGAACGAAGGUAUGCCACAAGACAUUGAAGCAUUCUGCUCUGAACACAUGAGCAUUUUCGAAUCGAUGCUAUGUCGCUUAAGAAUGGCUGCCGAAAACGCCUGUUAUAGGUGGCCUCAAUUUCUUCAGAUAAUGCUAUCAGCAUGGCACUCGACGCAGGAAUGCUUAAUAGAUUUUUUCACUGCACCAAAGCUGAUCAAUCCUGUGUGGAUUACUCUCAGUAGUGGAGCGUCGAAGGUUGGAGUUCAUAGUGGCACAUAUCCUAACCGGUCGGCGUUGACAAUUGCCAAUAAUUUCAUGAACGAUCUUUGCUCCCUGCUUUCGCUGGCUGAUACGAAGGAUACAAAUCUGUUCAUCAGUACACUGCUGACAGCAGUACUAACGCAUCACUUGGGUUGGGUGAGCACCAUUUCCCCAGGAAGUAGUUCUGUUGAUGAAGUUUCCGGAAGUUCCUCCACCAUACAACAGGAAAAGAAAAAACUUUACGAAAUAACAGCCAAUCAUCCAUAUAAUGUUUUAUGGGCUCAAUUGAGUGAUUUGUAUGGAGCAGUUGGACACCCAGUGAAACUGUCGAGAACCAUAAUUUGCGGCAGCCCUCAAUUAAGCAGUACCAUGGAGAAAAUUCUAAAUGUCUUAUCAUAUUUUAUAAGGUGUAGUGAAAUCAAACGGACUGUUCAUGUAGAAGCUUUUGACGAAGGCAAAGUUAAACAGGCCUUCAAUGCACAAAAAAUUGUCAAUAAUUAUAAUGACAGCAUGAAGGGGCUUCCUGAAAACAGUUGUAGAGAAGGAAAUGGGGAACAAAAAUCCCCCAGAUUUAUGAGAACAGAAUCCGGAAUGAUUCGUUCAGCAACCAGAACCAAAGACUUAACCUCCAUGGCAGGAAAUGCGGCAAGUCCUGCUGAAAGUGAACUAGCCAAGCUGUUGAAGAAAACCGUUAUGAAUGAUAUUCCUAAUGUUCUGGUUUAUCGGGACUCUAGAUUCGUACAACAAGAACUUAGGAUAGGUAACAAAAGUAUGGACACGGAGAUGGUGAUGGAUGCAAAUCAAAAACAGUUUCUUGAGGUUAUCUAUCACAUAAAAAAAGAAGUUGAUGGUUCACAGAUAAAAAUGACCUUAACUCAGCCGGAUGAAACCGGACAGGAAGCUAUAGAGCUAGAUGUUAAUGACAAAGAUGAUGUCGAAUCUGUUCGGUUAUCGCGAUUGAUCACAGAUACCAAUAUAGGUGAAGGGGAACAUAGUCAGCGAAUAUUUUGGGGUUUGGAACGGAUAAAAGAAGGCUUUUCUAUGGAACAGUUGAAAUACAUCGAUGGUCUGCGAGGUGAUUAUGGAGUAUUGAUGCAAAAUAAACCUAAGGAGGACGUGGUGUUUGUAUUAGGAGACAAUGAACAGUUAGUAAACAUUAAACAUACAAAAUCUACGACAGGUGCUGGUAAACCAGUCGAACUUGGGGCAGUGGGAGGGAAAAAACCUUGCUCGCAUAGCAAGCUUCGAAAACAUUCCGUCAUCUUUAAUUUUGAUCGCUACCCAAAGGUGGUGGAAAAUUAUUUGAAAAGUCAAAAUUUGGACUUCGCUGAAUACGAUAUGCUUGAGAAGGGAGUAAAGUUGGAAAUGGCACUCAAACCCAACCUAGAAAGCGAAUCCGCACCCUUACCCGAUUCAACAGAAGAAGAAUGCGAUGUGUGUCGAAACACAUCUCUCUUUUAUCUGCAAACUCCGACCAAUGCAUCAGAGUUGGAAUUUUCCAACGAACUCAAUGAGGAAAGUAGUUACUACGGAUCUUUCAACGAAUCAACAAGCAAAACAAGUCUGGAGGAGGAAUUACGAAAGUAUCCAAGGUUUCAGAUGAACGAUAACAUUCCGAGAAUGUAUUCAACGACUAUGGCAACAUUGGAAGAAAACUGUGAACUAAAGGCCAAACACCCGGACAGUAUUUUAAAGUUGGUGGAGAUUCCAAUGUCUAAAACGACAAGCAUUACUAGUUUGAACGAUGAGAACAAUAAUGAUAAGACUGAUAAGCUAGGAAAAUCUGUUUUAAAAGCAGGAUUUAUCCCUUCGCUUUUCUCUCGUGUUACCGAUCACUACAUCCCGGAUAUGAUCCUUCAGGGUACUACAGCUUUACCCAUUAAAUGGGAAAAAGCAUUGAAAAAAGAUCUUGGCUUUGCAGCUAAGUUUGCUAUAAUGGAACCGUAUCCGAUAGAAAAUUUAGCUGUUGUAGCUAACUUGGAGAUGCAUGAGGUUCGCAUUGUUUCAUCUCACACAGCAUCAUCGCUGAGCCCAUCUAAUAGUGAUGGUGAUGUGGUCGGUAUGUCACAACUGGUUUCAUCUAUGCUGGAAACAGUUCAUGCAAUGUGGAGUUCAGGUUUAUCUGCCUUUCAGUGUAUGGCAUACAUCGAAUCGAAAAUGCGCGAAUUCUACCUGCAGUCAGAAACGAUUGCUAGUUUUCUACUGGCCACAGACUUUUGCACCAUUGGAUCAAUCACUUCAGCAUUGGACAUCACUGCCAACGAUAUGCCACUGCUGUUAUCGGUGGCAUCAAUUCAUGCACCCGAGGUGACGAGACGCUAUGGAAUACAAUUCCGAUAACGAUGCUGGGGACAUCAAGAGUAGCGUUUGUGAUAUUAGAGUUUAAGGUCCAAAGUGCACUGAGUGCUUCAGAUAGAUCUGUUAGGUAUUAAAUAAUUAUUUAAUAAUUAUUUAAGUAAUAACUCAUCUUCAAAUCAGUGAGGGUGUAGCUAGCUCUCUUCAACGGCGAUAAUAUAAUCAAUGUCAAUCCGCGUUGUGACUUAACGUUUAUCAAAAUUUGACUAUAUUAAGCGCCAGUUGAGACUAUAACGAAUUAGUAUAUAGCUUCGAUGGUUGCUAUUGAUAAAUUAAUUAUUGUAUUUUAUUUGUUAAAAGGAAUAAAAACAAAAAUGGUGUAAUGAAAAUUUUAUGCGCAGUUGCUUGAGUGCGAAAUAAUAACAAAAAACUAGCUUUAU